GCUGCGCGAGCUGCGCGUUCAGGAGCGGAGGGCUCGGCGCGCGCGGGCCGGGGCGAUGGCCGCGGAAGACGAGAGCGCGAGCGAUCUUAUAAAACAUGUUCUUUCGCAGCCGGGAAACGAGGCGUGCGCGGACUGCGGGUCGCUCGGGCCACAGUGGGGUUCCACUUCUCUGGGCGUGCUCCUCUGUCAAGCUUGUUCCAUUAUACAUAAGAAAAUUCUGCCUGCAAACAAGGUGAAGCACCUGUCCAGCUGGGAGGUCCCUGAGCUGAAGACCCUGGCAGAAAACGGGAAUGCGGCAGCAAAGGCCAAAUAUGAAGUCGUCAUGCCAAUCUACUACUACAGGCCCAGACGUAACGAUUGCCAAGUGCUGAAGGAAGAGUGGGUCAAGGCCAAGUAUGAGCGGCAAGAAUUUGUGGAUCCCAUGAAAAAGCAGAGCUACCAGGAGGAGGUGAGGGAAGGCUGGCUGAUGAAGCUGGGCCGUGACAACGGCCUUUUCUUAAAACGGAAGUUUGUUCUCAGAGAGAAGGACGGCAAACUGAAAUACUACCCGAAGGAAGACGAGAAAGACCCCAAAGCGGUGAUCAACGUGGAAACCAUGAAUCCCACCUUCCAACCGGAAAAAAUUGGCCACCGCAACGGCUUACAGAUCACCUACCAGAAGGAACACCGAACCCGCAACCUCUUCCUCUACCACGAGGAUGGCAAGGAGAUCGUGGACUGGUUCAACACCAUCAGGGCAGUUCAGUUCAAAUGGCUCAAAUUAGCUUUUCCAGCAGAAGGUGAUCAGGAGCUCUUGAAAAGACUCCCAAGGAACUUCCUGAAGGAGGGGUUCAUGGAGAAGACAGGACCAAAGAAAACGGAGAGCUUCAAGAAGCGCUGGUUCACGUUGGACAAGAGGCGGCUGUUGUACUUCUGUGAUCCUUUGGAUGCUUUCCCUAAAGGAGAGGUGUUCCUAGGCCACAAGGACAAUGGCUACAGUGCCGGUCUGGGGCUUCCAAAGGGCACCGAGUCUAAUGGGGCAUGGAAACACGGAAUCACCCUGGAUACACCAAAACGCUGUUACCUGUUUACCUGUGAGUCAGAGGGAGACCAGAAAGACUGGCUGGAUCACUUCAAUGCGAUCAUUAACACAGCGAUGUCCCCGCACGACUAUGCCCAGGAGUCCCUCCUGAAACACAAGUAGAGGAGAGCGAAAGGAGGCCCUUCGUAGCUGCAAUGGACUAUGGUACCAAUCACUUUAUACUAUCAAGUUGGACUGCGACGUCCUUGUUUCCAAGGAAUGGAGUUUUUCAACAAACCAUUGCGGCGCCCGUUGUCUCCACACCACGACCCUGUGAUUUUUGAAUAAUAUGCUGUAUACAGUACAUCACAGUAACACAAUCGAAUACUGUAUGUAACGUGUCUUUCUUUUCGAGUUGUUGAUCAAUAAACGAAAAUCAGAUUUA